CAGCAGGAUGCCCGCCUCCGAGAUUUCGUCGUUCGCGGCCAGUGGUCCAGCAGAUACCUCCGUGAGGUUCCUGACCAGGGUACAGCAGAUCGUACUCGAGCACGCCGAGCAGGCGGAAAGGCGGGACAGUAAGGUUUCAAGAUGGGUUGAUCCGGAAAGGCUCCAGAAGAUCCUGGACUUGCAGUUCAACGAUCAGCCAGCCUCCAUGGAACAGUUAAUGGAUUGCAUCUCAGACACUCUGCGCUACAGCGUCAACAUAGCUCACCCUUACUUCCUCAACCAGCUCUAUUCCACCGUGGACCGAGUUGGUUUGGCGGGCCAAUGGGUGACGGACACACUCAACGCCAGCGUCUACACCUACGAAGUGGCGCCCGUUUUCACCCUCAUGGAGGAGAUGGUAUUGGCCAAGAUGCGACAGAUCGUAGGAUGGUCGUCUGGUGACGGCAUAUUUUCGCCCGGAGGUUCCAUCGCUAACGGAUACGCCAUCAACCUUGCCAGGUUCCACAAGUUUCCUCAGGUCAAGUCGAAAGGACUAUACGGCCUACCCAGACUGGUCAUGUUCACUUCGGAGGAAGCUCAUUACUCCAUCGUCAAGAUGGCAGGUUUGGAAGGGAUCGGGAUCGACAACGUUUAUCAAGUGCGCACUGACUCGACCGGAAGGAUGGACGUCGGCCAUUUGAAGCAGGAGAUCCAGAGGGCCAAGAGCGAAGGUGGCGUACCCUUCAUGGUCUCUGCCACCGCCGGUACCACGGUGCUCGGAGCCUUCGACCCUCUGGAGGACAUUGCGGACAUCUGCAACGAGGAGAAGCUCUGGUUCCACGUGGACGCCGCUUGGGGUGGAGGAGCGCUGAUGUCGACAAGGAGGAGACAUCUGCUAUCCGGCAUUGAUAGAGCAGACAGCGUGACUUGGAACCCCCAUAAGAUGCUGGCAGCUCCUCAACAGUGCAGCACCUUCCUGACGAAGCACCCGAAGAUCCUUCAAGAAUGCCACUCUGCUAGUGCUUCAUACCUCUUCCAGAAAGACAAGUUCUACGACACGUCGUACGACAUCGGCGACAAGCACUUGCAAUGCGGCAGGAGGGUGGACGUCUUCAAGUUCUGGUUAAUGUGGAAAUCGAAGGGAACUGCAGGAUUGGAAGAGCACGUAGACAGACUGUUCGAUAUGGCAGAAUAUUUCACGGACAAGAUCAGGCAAAGACCAGGAUUCAGACUCGUCAUCGAGAAACCUCAAUGCACCAACAUCAGCUUCUGGUAUGUACCGCCAUCUCUGAGGGAUCUUGAAGGACAGCCGGACUUCAAAGAGAAGCUGAACAAGGUGGCACCACUGAUGAAGGAACGGAUGAUGCGCGAAGGAACCAUGAUGAUAACCUACCAGCCCCUGAAGGACCACCCUAACUUCUUCAGACUGGUCUUGCAGAACUCCAGUCUGACCAGGGAGGACAUGGACCACAUCGUGCAAGAGAUUGAGAGGUUAGGAAGAGGCCUGUGAUUCGCGCAGGCGUGGACUGCAUUAAAAUUAUCAAUAUUCUUAAUUUAUUUUGUAUAUUAUGAGGUCUAUAAAGGUGCUCUGAAUCCUAGCUCCCUAAGGAUAUUCUUGGGAAGUCUGAUACUUUCGUGAUUAUUGUCUAUUAUCACUAUGUAUUCAAUGUAUUAUAUUAUCUAUAAUGUAUAUUUUGUUUUCGUGUGUGUAUAUAUAUAAAACGGCUGUCUACUUGUACAGGAACAAAUAAAAGUUAUUCUGUACCUACUUUGAUUUUUAUAAUUUAUCCUCU